AUGUCUGUUUUGUACAGCACAACUGUAUCAAAUCCUACUGAUGUUGACAAAAAUCCUGACAAAGCGAAACAUGCCAAAGAACAUAGUUCCGUUAAUGUAACGCAUCACAAAUCUAAUCAAGAACACAAACUAAAGAAGGAUGUAACAAACAACAGUCUAGCUGAAAUUGAUGAGACAGAAGACGAAGGUUGGGAAUAUGAAAACAACUCCAUAGUAGAUACCAGAAGAAUAUUGUACAGCAAGAAUGUACCUAUUGGAAAAAGACCUUACAUGGUUUACUUACAACUGACUAAAGAGUCCGCUAAAGCCCGCAAGUAUCGAGGCUGGCUAUGUGGGGGUGUCAUCGUAGAUCCCUCAUAUGUGCUUACAUCGGCUGCAUGUGUGGAAGAUGCCGAUCAUUUCUAUAUUAUCUCCGGCACAACGAAGUUUGUAGACAGCUUUGAUUACAAGGAAGACGACUGUGUCUGUAAACAUAGAAGAAAAGUUGUUUGGAAAUGUAUACCUAAGAAUUAUAAAUUUGACUUUCAAGACAGCAUAAAAUGGUCAUCAAAUGACAUUGCAAUCGUUAAAGUUGAUAAACCUUUCAAACUUGGAAUUCCUGAAAUAGGAUGCGAAUUUGCUACUGAUCUUAUUUCCUACAAUAAUAUAAGUAGAGAAUUGGAGAAAUCUGGAACAAAGGGAUACAUCACAGGUUGGGGAAGCAGCAGUAAUUUUAGAGAGGGUGUAUAUCGUCGCCAAAAUGUCCAUAUUCCAGAGAACGCUAAGUAUCUCCAAGAGGCGAAGGUCUGUGUGAUGGACAACGAGCAUUGCGCUAAAAAAUGGGCGCAAAGAUUCAGGAACAUUAUCACGCAGUACAUGAUUUGCACCAAAGAUAUGAUGAGAAGACUUAGCGAAAUCUGUAACAAAAAAUACGCAAACUGUACCGAUGUGGAAAGCCGUCGAUAUGAUAUUGAAGAUACUAAUGACAAUUUCCAAACUUACAAUGUAGAUCUUGGACGACAUUUGAGAGAUCCUGAUGAUUAUACUGCACGGCGAUCUUCUCUGCAAGGUGGAUUUUGUGAGAAUGAUCACGGGGGACCACUAAUCGUUAAGUAUCAAGGCGAAGAGCAUGUAAUCGGUGUCAUAUCCGCUUGCAAGAUCGACUCCAAAAGCCAUAGCUGUCACGGGCCCUUUCUAUAUACUUCAGUGUAUAAGAAUAGGCAAUUCAUAUCUUGCGCUAUUCAUAAAGACGCUGAAGACAAUUGUAGAAGAGUAUUCCGAACUGGCAUCACUUACGAAGAGUGGACCGUCAACUGGGACAAAGUGGACGAGUAAAUAAAUUUUAACUUAGUUCUUAAUCCAUAAAUUAAAUACUCCUUUAUUAAAUGACUAAUACGAAAUCUACUAAACUACGCACUAAAUUGUUUCUGCAAAUUUUGGAAUUUAUUUCAAAAAUAUGAGUAUUUUGAAAAUAUACAAAUACUAGAGGUAUUUAUUAUUUAAUGGGUGAAAACAAAAUGAUGACUCCGUUUGCACUAUCGAUAAAUGUUGGCGGGGCACCAGUGAGAGCUUAUAGGUAAGGAUGUAAGAAGACCUUGUGAAGGUCAGUCGUAGGGUAUAUAAAAUGGAGCUAAAAAGUGUCCUUUAUUAUUAACAAUUCCUUUCUCUCAAUAUCAAGAUUUAAUAGCUUGACACGGUUGAAGCUGCAGGAAACAGUUUUAGAUUUUGCAAAAUUUUGAUAGUACCAACAGGUAAUAGGGUCCUGCGGAUAAAGUCGCAGGCAAUAUCUUGUAAUAUUUUGUAGUUUAUUUUGGAUGUUUAAUAGAACACAAAGACAUUUUAAUUGCCCGCUAGUUACACGCUUUCUCUCUAUAUUGGGUUGGCUAGAAGAAAACUCUUUCAGGCAUAAUACACAAUAUUUAUAACUGUCUUAUCUAUGUAAUUUAUAUAUAGAAUAUAUUUAAAAACAUUAUAUUAAUAUAUGGGAACCUCAUUUACAUUUACGUGAUUACGUAGAUGAAGUUGAUUCUUCAGAUAGUUCUGAUUAUCUGGAGAUUUAAGAACUCGAUGUAAUAAAAUUAAAGGCUUAAAUUAUAGACUAAAUUUAUUAUAAAUGUUUACCUAUUAUUUACUUCUAAUGCUAUUAAGACUUACUGUAACUUUUACCUUAUACAAAAUAAUUGCUUUUUAGCGAUGAUAAUACAGAACAAGAAAAAGGUGACAGGUAUUUUUUUUUCAUUAAUUAGCUUAAUUUUAAUGCACUUAAAAGACUACAGAAACUAUAAAAACACACCCAAACCAGUUAGUAUUAUAUUGUCUGAGUCCAUAUCUACUACUUUUUUUUUUAUUUUUUUGAUGAAAUAGUACCAUGGACAUAAUAGAGUAUGACUAUGUCGUCGUAUAAAUAUAAAUUUAAAAGAUAAUCAAAACAACUACGUCUAUAGUUUUUUUUAAUACUUAAGGAAUAUUAUCUUCAUAAGGUAUAUCAGCCCUAUCGUAACCUGAACUAAUUUCUCAGUUGUUUAGAAUAAAUGUAAUAUUAUUAUUUUACUAGCAAUGAAGACAAAGAUAAGGUAUAUUACGAGAAUUAAGGCGAAAUGUAAUACUUUGAAUUUACAUACGAGAGCAUAAUGUAAGUAUUUAAAAUUAACAUUCAUAAAUACUCUUAUUAUCCAGCAAGGAACAGAAUACAGAGACAAAACUUAAAGAAGACUCAGCUUCGUCUGACUCGGAAAGUAUAGAAAUCAGUCAAGGAAACAUAGAUAAAGCAGAAAAGAGGCUUGAAAAUAUAAAAGAAAAAAAAUCGAGGAGUAAACAUGC